AUGGAUGCUAACAAAAUUGAAGAGCUGAAGGAGUUUGUGUCGCUCUGUAAGGAGGACCCGUCCAUUUUGCAGAAGCCGGAGUUUUCCUUUUUUAAGGAAUUUAUCGAAAGCUGCGGUGGAAAGGUGCCAAAGGAAAGGGACUUUUAUGAACACAUUCCAAGUGAAGAUAGCACUGAGGAAAAGUCCCACAAUGAAGAAAAGGACGACGAGGAAAGUGACGAUGAAGAGGAAGAUGAAGUAGAGGAGGAAGAGGAAGUGGAAGAAAAUGAUGAAGACUUAAUGAAAGAAGAAACAAUUGAAUGCCCCCCCUUAGCCCCAACCAUAGAAGGAGAUUUAUCCGAAGAGGUGAUUGAAGAAAUCUGUAAGUUGAAAGAGGAGGCUGUAAAUUUAGUACAAGAAAAUAAAUUUGAAGAAGCCUUAGAAAAAUACAAUAAAAUAAUUUCCUUUGGAAAUCCAUCAGCCAUGAUAUACACAAAGAGGGCGUCCGUUUUGUUAAGCUUGAAAAGACCAAAAGCUUGCAUACAAGAUUGCACGGAGGCACUAAAUUUGAACAUAGAUAGUGCCAAUGCUUAUAAAGUUAGAGCCAAGGCAUACAGAUAUUUGGGUAAAUGGGAAAGUGCGCAUGCUGAUAUUGAGCAAGGACAGAAAAUCGACUAUGAUGACGAUUUGUGGGAAAUGCAGAAACUGAUUGAAGAAAAAUAUAAGAAAAUUUAUGAGAAGAGAAGAUACAAAAUUAAUAAGGAGGAAGAAAAGAAAAGAAAAAAAAGGGAAAAGGAAUUGAAGAAAAGGUUGGCCGCUAAGAAAGCCGCAGAGAAGGCGUAUAAGGAUAACAGCAAGAGGGAAAACUACGACUCUGAUUCCUCAGAUUCGUCCUACAGCCAACCCGACUUUUCUGGCGAUUUCCCCGGAGGAAUGCCAGGUGGGUUAGGUGGCGGAAUGGGAGGAGGAUUUCCCGGUGGAAUGCCCGGAGGGAUGCCAGGGGGCGGAAUGCCAGGUGGAAUGAAUUUCCCAGGUGGAUUUCCAGGAGGACUAGGAGGUGGCAUGGGGGGCGGAAUGCCAGGAGGUAUGCCAGGAGGCAUGCCGGGGGGAUUAGGUGGCGGAUUAGGAGGAAUGCCUGGCGGAUUGGGAGGCGGAAUGCCAGGUGGCAUGCCAGACUUAAAUUCUCCAGAAAUGAAAGAGCUCUUCAGCAACCCGCAGUUUUACCAAAUGAUGCAAAACAUGAUGAGCAACCCCGAGUUACUGUCCAAGUAUGCCAAUGACCCAAAGUACAAGAACAUAUUUGACAACAUAAAAAAUUCCAAUUUAGGAAACAUGGGGAAGCCCGGCUGCAACGGCAAAAACUGA